CAGCGGGUUCAGAGUGGAAAGGUUGGAAAGAUGAAGAAAUGGCAGCCUGCGCGCUGCGGUGUUGGCAAUGACCAAAACGGCGCUUUUCUCGAUACACCGUCGCUCACACCUACGCGGAUUACUUUAAUAUGAGGAGUACGCUUCAAAAUCCCAUAGAUACAUUCAACUAGGAGCGCGUUUCUGACACUUUGAAGCAUGGCUUUGCUGUAUGAGAUGGUGUGGCGGUUUUUGCACGCGCUGCUUUACGUCCAGCGCGCGCUGCUCGCCUGGUUCCGAGUCCACGUCUGGAGGUGGAAACGGGCCGUGAUGGGCUUGUUGCUGCCCCUGGCCCUCGGCUUUCACAAUGCGAAAAAGACCGGAGCCACAGGCAAACGGAGCGGCCGCCGGGUCCGCUGGGGAGCCGAUGGCAGGACGUUAGAGAAGCUGCCUCUUCACGUGGGGUUAUUGAUCGCCGAGGAGGAGAUCCACUUCACGGACGUCGCCAAUCUAGUGGUCUGGUGCAUGGCGGUGGGGAUCUCGUAUGUCAGUGUGUACGAUAAUCAAGGUGUGUUCAGGAGGAACAACUCCAGACUCAUGGAGGAGAUCGUGAGACAGCAGCAGGAGCUUUUGGGAACGGACGGCUCCAAAUACUCCGUGGAGCCCGCGAAGAACGGUGCAGAUAAACAAGAGCAUCAAGUGUUAUCUUGCCAGUCAGUGGUGAAGGUCUUAUCUCCAGACGAUGGGCGGCUCAGCAUCGUCCAGGCAGCUCAGCAGCUCUGCAGGGCCAUCGAGCAGAAGGAAAAGACAUCCAAAGACAUUAACGUCACUGUGCUGGACUCAUUACUCAGAGAGUCAAAGAACACCCCAGACCCAGACCUGGUGCUGAAGUUCGGCCCCGUGGAAAGCACGCUUGGAUUUCUUCCCUGGCACAUCAGACUAACAGAGAUUAUCUCCAUGCCGUCCCACGUAGACGUCUCUUACGACGACCUGUUCGGUGCUCUGCAGCGCUACGCGACGUGCGAGCAGCGGUUGGGCAAGUGAGGAUCCGUCCGCAGGGAGCAGAACAGAAGGAACUGAACGAGCGAGAGGGGAUGGAGGGGGUCCGACCCUCUCCUCAUGUUUACAGUACAAGCCCUGGAGCCGCUCUUCUCGGCCCGGAUCAUCUCUGCUCUUCUCCGCCAAGGCCUGUCGGGCGACUCUCUCUCUCUCUCUCUCUCUCUCUCUGUGUGUGUGUGUGAUUUACACUUGUGCAUCUGUGUAUGUGUCAUGAGCAUCAAGUCGCAGAAAAAAGGACACGAGCGCCACCCUGCAAGCAAGCCGGCCGCUCGAGGAGCUUGGUUAAUUAAAUAUACCACCUUUUUUUUUUUUUGGGCCACUUUGGAAUAGUUCGUAAAGAUGCACUGAACUCCGCAGAAGCUACACGCACUCAUCCGUCUGGCGCAAAGAACGAGAGCCACCGGACAGCGGACGCGCUUCUGGUUAGCGAAAACCGGCGGGAUUUUUCUGUUUCGAUGAAUCAUCUGCAUGCCGAAUCUGUCUUACUGCAACGUCACGUUCCCAUUAAGGCUAUACAAGCGUGCUGUAAAUGGUUGUGUGUGUGUGUGUGUGUGUGUGUGUGUGUGUUUAUUCGUAAUCGUGUCAUUUGAAUGUGCCACGAAUGACAUGAAUUAGCAUCAAACCCUGAAGUUUGUAAUUCUAAGUGCGUUAAUUGAUUGCUCUACAUCGUUCCCCCACGAAAGCUCUCGCUGUUCGUAACGGCUCGCGGCGCUAAUUACGUUUUUAUUCGAUUUUUAUUUGUCUUUAGUAAAUAUUGCUUCGUUCAGAAGUCUGUUGUUUUUUUUUUUCUCCGUCGAUAUCUCUGUGGAUCAGAAAUGUUUCGCAUUAAUAUUUCGCAGGAAUCCGUGAUUGUUUUUUUGUUUAUAUCGCGCCACGGGCUUUUCUGCGCGACGCAAGAAGUCUUAAAGGUGUAAUCGACGGGAAGGGUGGGUUUGCUAGUGUCCAGCGUGAAUGUAUAAUAAAUGUUACUGAAUCCUUUAA